AUGUCGCAUAGCUUUUCGAUGAGCUAUGUUAAAGAAAUGGAGCAGCAUCUCGACGCAAAUAUCGAGAUCCUCCGCCAGAAAAUAUCAUCAUACACCUCAACAGAAGAGGUCUUUGACCUCAAGAAGAUCUUGAACUUUUAUGUGAUUGACACAUUAGGGGAAUUGGCAUUUAGCCAGACCUUUGGGGUUCAAGUUUCUGAGGAUGAAUCCCGUGUUCCGCCUGUUGUUGAGCAUAGUCUGCUGGCCGCAGUCACAGGGGCCUGGCCAAGUAUGACUGCCUGUUUGAAGAAGUGGCUCCCUCUCGUUCCACACCGAGAUCUCCAGGCCUUGUUCAGCGGCCGCAGGGCAUGUGCUGAGCUUGCAUCGCGAUGUGUUAAUACGCGGCUGAACUUCAUCAGGUCUAAGAAUGGAUCAAAUGAUACAUCGUCUAACAGAAAAGAUAUUCUCACGAAUCUGAUUUUGGCAAAGGACCCCGACACGGGUGAGCAUCUGACACAAGCUGACCUGGAAACGGAAGCAUUUGGUUUCAUUAUUGCGGGAACUCACACUACCAGCGCGACUACCAGUCUGCUUUUCUACCAUCUUCUACAUCAUCCGGAUAUUAUGACCAAGUGCGUUGCAGAGAUUGAUACCAAUCUGCCAGCUUUGCAACCAACUGAAAGUGCUUACUCGGUCACCAUGGCCGAGGCAUCUUUGCCAUAUCUACGGAACUGCAUGAAAGAAAAUUUCCGAAUCACACCAGUUUUCACGAUGCCUCUCGCGAGGCGGGUCAUGAUGCCUGGAGGACUUUCUGUUGCUGGAAAAUAUAUUCCCUCUGGAACAUCAAUUGCGGUCUGCAACCAUGCAUUUCACCACAAUCCGGUAGUCUGGGGUACAGAUCACAAUGAAUUUGAUCCAUCUCGAUGGAACAAUCCGGAUGUCGAGAAAAAGUCGAGGCUGUUGAUGCAUUUUGGGCUAGGUGGCCGUCAGUGCAUCGGCAAGACGGUGGCCACGACCAAUAUUUACAAAUUGAUGAGCACUUUAUUAAGUGAAUUUGAAUUUAUACUAGCCGAUAAUACUGAGAGGGAGCGAGUGAGCGAGAAUGCUUUCUUUGGAAAAAUUCCAGAGUUGAUCAGUGUAGGUAUUAGUGAUUUAGCUGGGCCCUUAAUGGUUCGCGCUCGGAAACGCGACAGGGCCCCGCUUUAA